UCUUGUCGUAGUUUUUAAUUUUACCAUAAACAUUCAAAUUUGGCAUAGCAACCCGCUGAAGCAAAAAUAUCAAGCAUUCACACUUGACUGCCUGUCAAACUCCUGCACCAAGCGUACCUGUCAAAAAAUAGGAAGAAGAAGAGUGUUUUUACAUGUAUUUGUGUACAAUGUAAGCAUCUCAGCGCCGCUCUUCUAUUCUCGUCUCCUCAUCUUCCACAAGUUACGAGUUGCAUCAACAAAAGUUGCCCUGUAUGAAUUCACUAUGGUCUAAAGGUACUGGCCAGGGCGAAUCCUCCUAAGCUGAGCUCGUUAUAACGAUUGAUUUGUUUUCUUAUUUUUUGUGAUUUGAUGAUUGGAAUCAUAGUGGAAAGAUUUUAAGAGUUGUGGCCAAGACUAAACCGUUAACUGGCUUUCAGCAAAUUUGAAAGAAUCAGCUGAUGUUUCGACGUAACCGGUGUCAUAACAGCGGUUUGUUUAAGAAAAACUGAGUUGUGUUUUUGAUAUGCAAAAAAAUCUGAAUACGUGUGAAAUGAGCAAGCAGAAUUCUGUUGCCAAGAUUCGGUGACGGGCAGCCGAAGCUACUCGCACGAGUAUUGUUUUUCACCAUAGCUGAUGGCUAAUAUUACGUUUCCACCAAAAGCAAACACCGUGUUUGCAGGAGUUGUGUUUGGGAGAACUGUCAACUGUUUCCACCGAAAGUUUGGGAGAAAUUGUGUUUGAACUGUCUUUUGUUGACAUUGUGAAAUAAAAAUUAUAAAAAUUGAUAAAAUUAUAAAAUGGUGCAUAAAAUUCAAUUUGUUAUGUUGAUUUUAUCAUUUUAUUUUAAAAUAAUUGAUAGUGAGUUGGUCACAUAUUAUUUAAAAAAAAGGUUAAGGGAAAAUAAAAUAAUUUUAAGCGUUGCUGCCAAUUUAAUGCGUUCGCAAAGUGUAUGGUCUUUGGAACAUUCCAGUACCUUUUGGGAAGUAGACUGCCAGAGUAAUGGGGACAAGUUUUUCAAAGAUAAUUUCCGAAUGGAAAGAUCCUGCUUUGAAAAAUUGUGCAGCAAACUUGAAAAAAUAGCCAAAAGAAAAACGAACUAUCGAAACCCGAUUUCACUAAAAAAGCGCGUGGCAAUUGCUCUGUAUGCACUAGGAUCUUCUAGUGAAUACAGAUCAAUUGGACAUUUGUUUGGAGUAGGCAAAGCAACUGUUUGCAAAAUACUCAUCGAGUUUUGCAAUGAAGUUGGGACAUCUUUGGCUCCAAUAUAUUUGAAAAAUUUUCCACUGACAAGGGCGCAAAUUGAGAAUGGAGUCGCAGAUUUUAAUGCAAUGGGCUAUCCACAAUGUAUUGGAGCAAUAGAUGGAUGUCAUAUUGAAAUUCAUCCAAGAAAGGAAGAAGCCAUUGAUUACUAUAACUACAAAGGGUGGUAUUCCGUAAUACUAUUGGUUUUGGUAGACGCAAAAUAUAGAUUUGUUUAUAUACAUUGCGGCAGUCCUGGAAGAUGCAACGACUCCUCAAUUUUUGAAAAAUCAUCGCUAAAGCGCGAGUUGCAAAGUUGUGCACUUCUUGAUGAAUUGAGCUUGCAGUAUGGAUCCACAAAAAUACCAGUCCAUAUUAUAGGGGACUCUGCUUUUCGUCUCUCUCAGCAUUUAAUGAAGCCAUAUCCGCAUAGUGUGACCAAUACACCCGAACAAAAAAAAUUCAACUAUAGAUUGUCUAAGUGCCGGCGUGUUGUGGAAAAUGCUUUUGACCAUUUAAAAGCCCGGUAAAUACAAUACAACUUAGAGAUUCUAAUAUUUUUAAAAAUUGGUAAUACAGGUUAUAUUUUAGAUUUAGG